AUGGCAGAAUUCGAAUCCCCAGAACUCACUAAUCACAGGGUCCUAGUGUCUCUCAAAGAGGCUGCACGCAUUAUCGGCGCGCAGGGAACGAGUAUUCAAAAAAUCAGAGAGUCGAACCAAGUCAAAAUAGGCAUUUCGCCACAUGAAAGAGGAUGUUCAGACCGAAUCUUGAGCUGCACCGGCUCCUCCCAAUCAGUUGCCAACGCCAUAGGCGACGUGGUUGAUGUUUUGAACCAGGAUGACGGCGAGCCCGAAGUACAUUCUUACAAGCCGUUGAACUUUAUUUUGCCCGUUCCUGCAGCAACAGAAAUUCAAGAUCCAGAAUCUAUCAAUAGAAUUGGCAAUUUGAGACUCAUCGUGUCAAAUUCGCAAGUUUCUUCCAUUAUUGGAACCCAGGGAUCGCGUAUUAAGGCCUUGAUUGAAAAGCACGGCGUCAAAGUCGUGGCAUCCAAGAAUUUUCUACCGGAUUCUCAAGACCGUGUUGUCGAAAUUCAAGGAUAUCCUGGGUCUAUUGCGUCGUGUCUUGUGGAUGUGAGCGAGGUUUUAGCUCAGGAAGCUAAACCAACAAGCGAAAAGCAGUACUAUCCGCACACCAAGAGUCAAGAAGAAGGUUCUGUGACCAAAGAAGUAGCGAUUCCAGUCGAAUUCGUGGGAGCUUUGCUAGGCCGCGGCGGAAACAGAGUCUCAAGCCUUCGCAAAUACACCAAGACCAAGGUCAUUGUGAGCGAUGAGCCAAAUGAAGAAAAUAACCGUGUUUUCACCAUCACAGGUAACAACCAAAACAGUGUGAAAUUGGCAGAAACGAUGCUGCUCAAAAACCUUGACACUGAAAAGCAAAGGCGUGAGGAAAAGGUCUGA